CAUCCAUCUAUCCAUUCAAUUCCACUAUCCAUCCAUCCAUCCAUCCCAUCCAUCCCAUCAUCCAUCCAUCCAUCCAUUCCAAUCCAUCAAUCCGUCCAUCCAUCCAUCCAUCCAAUCCAUCCAUCCAUCCAU